GGGGGGGAAUCAGUGCAGUUGCCUCAAGAAAGUCCUAAGCCCCAUGUGUCACUUCCUGUUAAGAUUUGGCUCAGUAGCAGUGUAACUACUUAUAACUAACAGUGCAUUGGCAGACGUCCGUGGUGGGUAUGUCUGAUAGGUAUUAUAGUAGAAAAUAUUAUGUGAGUGAGUGAGUAAAGGUGAGUAAUGAACAUAUUAUCAGGAAACAGGGGAGGAAAGUAACUUUUUUCAGGCAUCUGUGCGUGUUUAUCGUCUUUUUCUACGUAUUAUUUUCAUUGCAUAUUUCAGUUCUUUGGGUGAAAAGCAUACAUGGAGAGGAAGUCUGGUUGCUACGCCUCAGGAUCCCGCCUCCUAUCCCCCAGGGCGGACCGUCCGAGUAGCCGAGCCGAUGACGCCGCCUAGCGAAGACGUCUACGACACGACGACGGAGCCUCCGGGGGAAGUCCUCAUCCUGAGCUACGACAAGUUCUGCGAAGACGACCUGAGGAACGACGGCUCCCUCAGCGACGUGAAGAAUCUGACCCAUCUCUUUACGCAGAUGGGCUAUGGAUUGCAAACAAAAUGGAACCUCUCUAAAGCAGACACUAUUCGCACUAUCAAGGCCUUCAGUGCGGAUAAGCGAUUGAAGAAAGCGGGCAGUGUGAUUGUCGUCGUUCUGAGCCACGGGAAGGACAGGCAAACCUUCUACACGUCCGAUGGGAGUCCUAUGCGAGUCGACAGUGUGAGGGACUUCUUCCUGGAGGAGGCGUGCCCGCACAUGAAAGGCAAACCGAAGAUCUUCCUCUUCCAGAUGUGCAGAGGAGAAGACGAACCCACGGAAGUCGAGACAGACAGCAUCGACGCCGUGAGAGAACCGCCCAGGAACAUGAUGGUUAUUUAUAGCACUACUGAAGGCUUCAUCAGUGUUCGCCACAUGGACUUCGGGUCGCCCUUCGUCAACGCUUUCUGCGAGGUUUUGGCCGAAGAGGCGUGGCACCUCAGCCUGGACGAGCUCCUGAGGAAGAUUCAGAAGCGUUACAACAAGGAAGGAUUCGGAGCCGUGAUCGAUAAGCAAGACUUCCACUUCAUGAAGCGAUUUUAUUUCAAUCCCAGAGGCCGAUGUGCCAGCUGAAAUUAAUUCUUUGUUAUGCUUUAUUAUGUAAUGGAUCCUCGAAAAUUGGCUAUGAAAUAGAUAAUUGAUUGUAUACUUAUGCUUAUGAAGAAUCAAUAUCAACAGUUACAACUGUUGUAAUAAUACCAACAUAAUCAGCCUUUUAAUUUUAUACCUUUUGUACUGAAUGGAAUUGAUAUUGUUCUAAGUAAUGA